UGAGUGUCGCCACUGUCGCCUGCAUCGGCUAUAUUAAAAGACUUGAGUUUCCUAAAUUAUUCUUCUUCAAUAUUUGCCUGUCCUGUAAGAAAAUAGGGCGCGAGAUGGGGCGCCAGUCGGACUGCAGCGACUCGGACCCGCCCCUGGGGGCCGCCCGGGCGACCUCGAAGCGGCACGAAUGCGAGUUCCCGGACUGCGGGGCCGUGUUCUCUCGCCCGGGCCGGCUUCGAGCGCACGCCCUGCUGCACCGGGGCAAGAGGCAGUUCAAGUGUGCCGAGGACGGCUGCACCAAGGCCUACUCCACCAACUCGCACCUCAAGCGACACGUCUCCACGGCCCACGAGAGGCGCAGCUACGUCCCUGUCUUCACGUGCCCGGAGGCGGGGUGCCACAGGCAGCUGAGCAGCGAGGCCACCCUGAAGUGCCACCACCGCCAGGUGCACAACAAGCCCUUCAAGUGCGACAGCUGCGGUGCCGGCUUCAACAAGCACGCCAAGCUGGCUGAGCACGCCGUCCGCCACUCGGGCGACUAUCCCUACAAGUGCGACAAGUGCGGCGUGCGCUUCGCCUCCAGCUACCUGCUGAAGCAGCACGCCCGCGGCCACAAGACCUACGCCUGCGGCCACCCGGGCUGCCGCCAGUCCUUCGAGCGCUGGACGCAGCUCAGGAAGCACUGCAAGCUGGAGCACCCGCGUCAGUACGAGUGCGCGGACUGCCAGAAGGUGUUCACCAGCAAGAACAACCUGCGCCUGCACGUGGCGGUGCACUUGCACCCUCUGGACCGCGGGGUGCUGCUCUGCCCCCACGACUCCUGCCCCAGGUUCUACUUCCACAAGCGGAACCUGAUGCACCACGUGAGGUCCAGUCACGAGGGCCGGAGGGUCCCCUGCGACGAGCCCGGCUGCGAGCGCACCUUCUGCACCAAGCAAAAAAUGGAGGAUCACAAGAAGCUGCACGACCCGAAGGCGCGGCUGCCGCGCAGGCGGUGCAAGGCGCGGAGGAAGCGCAAGGACGCGGGCCAGCCGAAGCGCAGCGUGGCCGCCAAGUUGUCGGGGGCACGUGUGCCGUACCGCGUGGAGAGGCAGCUCCUGGACCGCACCGGCUCGCUGGAACACCAGCUGGGGAUGGAGACGGAGGACACUCUGAAGUCGGGAGGCGGCUGUGAGAGCGGCCGGCUGACGGGGGCGGCCGACGCCGGAGACGGAAACGCUCCACGCACGGACCCACGAGGUGGCAGGGAUGGUGCGGCGGGCUCUGGGAACAGAAGCGGUAGCGAGCGCUGCUCACCGACGAGCGUGGACGGAGCGUGCGUGCGAGCGCCCGCGACCGAGGGACACGGCGGAGAGGACGUGUGGUCGCGCUGCGCCAGAGUGCUCGCUCGGAGCGUCGCCUGCCUGGAUGUGUCGGGCCAGAGGCCGGAUCUGGAAGGUCGGUCGUCGCUGAGGACCGCGGACACGAGGAAGUAUCUGCGGGAAUUGUUGGCCAGUCAGCGCUCGCCUUGUUCGGAGGAACAGGGCACGAUGGCCGUCGAACGUGAUGUGCCCUCUGCUGGCGACAGCGGUGCCGCUCCUCGCCUGAACGGGGAGGGUCGAGUGCCGUCGCUCAAGGGCCCGGAAGCUGGGAGUGAUGUGGAGACGUCGCGAGCCGAAGAAAGUGCCGUGGUGGUGGACUCUUGCAGUGCCCGGACGCCCCGUGUUGACGUGGGCCCGGCCGCAGGGACGCGCGAGGACCCGGGGACGUCGAACGAGCCGGAGCGUGCCGGCGAGGACGACCGCGGUGCGAGCGUGAGCAGGACGGUUGUGCCCGCCGGGCCCUGCGAGAGCCAUUGCCAGUGUGACAGCGAGGGCCGGCCGUGCCACAGGAAGAGGAGCGGCACGCCACACCACGAGGGCGCACUGCCACUUCCGAGGCUGCUCUCCAUGGUCAGCAUUCGACAGUGGUUGGCGGCCAUGUUGCUGGCCAUGCGACUGACUGUUCCCGACGUCGCGGAGCCCGUCUAGCCGAGCGCCUCGCAGUUCCUUAAUCUCAGUGUCUUCACAUUCGCAAUCAUUUACCGAGCAAAUGGUGGUGUCUUUUGUACUGUUCUGUUUUUCUAUGACUAUGAUAAAUUAUAAAACUUA